UUCUCGUAACGAUCAGUGCUUUGGCCGGUUGUGGAUGGUGAAUUGUUUCAUCAGGAGCCCAUUGACAGUCUUCGGGAUCCCAACUCAGACGUGUCAGUCUUCUUCCGGUCCUUAGAUGUGAUAGCGGGAACCACAAGCAACGAAGGGUCGCUCACUACGUACAUGUUUGCUGAGCAUCAGGAAUCAAUGCAGUUUGAUAUGGAGCAGGGACUGCCGACCCCUGUACUUUGUGAUGUGCUAGGACCAGCUGUUGCCAGGGAUAUGUAUGGAGACGAGUCUCUCUCAGACGCCAUCUGCAAGGAGUACAGCUCAGACGACCUGCUGCAACAAAGUAAGAAUAUCAACUAUCUGUAUGCAGAAUCCUGCUUUGUUGCACCGGCUCUACAACUUGUUGAAUUCCAUGCUCAAGACAGGACAUCUUCUAAUACCUACCAUUACGUCUACAGUCAGGAACUCAGUUUUACUUUCUUGUUUCCCAUACCAGCCUGGAUUGAUGGGAUGGGUGCCGGCCAUGGCAUGGAACUUCCUUAUAUGUUUGGUCCGGCCAGCCAGAAUGACGAGUCGCUUGCCACGGAUGAGGGCAGGGAAUUCACUGAUGUUUUAGUUUCGUACUGGACAAACUUCGCAAAAACAGGCAAUCCGAACGGCGGAAGUCUGGUACCGUGGGAGCAGUUUAGUUCUACGUCAAGGGACUACCUGGAACUCACGUUCAAGCCUGUCCAGGGCCAGAACCUGUUUGAGAAAAGGAUGAACUUCCUGUUACACGAGCUUCCUAAUAUACACAACAAUAAAGCAAAGACCGAGCUGUGAUCCAGCGCUCUGAACAGACAGUCAAC